AUGGCCUGCUGUAGCGUCUGCAAGAAAAGCGAACCGGGGGUUUCCCUCAAACGCUGCGCUAAAUGCUUGUCGGGAUCUUACUGUUCCAGGGAGUGCCAAAAGAAUGACUGGAAGCACCACAAAAAGGUUUGUGGAAAGGGAUCUUCUGCAUCUCCCCAAGCGACUGCGAGCAGUGGAUCACCGCCAAAGGGACUCGACCAGCCUAUCCCUGAUCCCUUUACUCGCCUGGACAAUCGAAAAUACCUGCACAAUCGCCCUGAGAAGGAUGUCUACCGCCUUCUCAUCGACUGUUACCGCCUACGUGUCGAGGACAUGUACAAACUUGAGGGCGAGAUGAUGGAGGAUAGCCUGUACAGUGGCGCCGAAGAUGGAUUGGCUGGGUUCCAAGAAUUUAUUGCCAAAAUGUCGGCGAAAAAAGGACUUCUUCCUUCCUGGUGGACACCAGAGAAGCAGACAGAGUGCGAAGAGUUCGGCAUGAACUCGCCAGAGCAGAAUUUGAAGUCUGCGACUGAUAAAGCCGGUAUUAUUGAACACUAUGGAGAUUCCCAGUUUCCCAUGCAGCUCCGUAUGCUGGGCGAAGCAGUCUACGGCAAAGCACCAGGUGGAGGUGAUGGUACAGCUAUGAGAAAGAUGCUGGCUUCCAUGGAGGCGGGUGGCAUGGAUGGAAUGGCUACCACUAUGUUUGAUGCGUCUCGUUUCCGAUAA